AUGUCAAAGGUUGGUGAGAAUGUUGGUAAUGUUCUAUCUAAAGACAAGGAGUUUCGGCGUGCUUUGAAUGAUGUUGUUUGGAGUGAGACGUUGUCCGUGGAGGAGUUUGAGCGGGGUUGGCAGGACGUAAUGGAAAAGUAUAGCCUUGGUGAUCACCGGUGGUUUCGUCUUAUGUAUGAUAUGAGAUCGUAUUGGAUCACUGCGUUUUUUAAUGAUCUUUUCAUGGGUGGUCUGCUUCGCACGACAUCUAGGUCCAAAGCUGCGAAUAGUGUGUUUGGUAGUUGCACAAACCAACAUGCUAGUUUUUCUGAGUUGUUCAACAAUUUUGAAGGGGCUAUUGAUGCUCAACGUGUGGCGCAGGCCAAACUGAAUGCCGAAUGUGAGGGCCAUUUUCCUUUAUGCCAGACUCUGUUGUUGAUUGAGAAGCAUGCGGCGGCAGUGUAUACAGUCAAUGUUUUUUAUGAUGUUCAAGCCGAGGUUAUUGCGGGAUCAUUUUCGUGUCGUUCUGUGCGUUCGAAUGUUGAAGGGAUGGUAACCCAGUAUGAGGUUCAAGAUGGUGAUGAGCUGGUGCACACCGUGAGUUUUGACUCUGACCGUAGGGUUGUUUCUAUCCCUUCUCGGUAUGUGGUUUCAUUUUGGACUAGGGGUGCUUGUGUGCAGCAGUUGUUGCGGGUUCAACGUGGGGGCUCUUCGGAUGUAGAUAUCGCUAUUGGUGAAGCUUGUGCAGAAUUCUUUUCGUGCAUGACCAUGGCUUCACGGAGUGUUGAUCAUGUUAUGAAGUUGACUGCAGUUUUGAAAGAUUUCAACUCUGUUUUAUUGGCUGGGAAUGGUCCCAGCGAUCGCUCUUCUGCUUCUAAGAAGCAACUAUUUGAUUCGUUUUGCGGUGCUUCGCCCGAUGGUCAAGUUGAUAUUCGUCCUCCUCCUAUAUCUAAUAACAAGGGUGGUGGCAAACGUUACAAAAGUACAACGGAAAUAGCUGUUGAAAAGUCUGGACGUCGUCAACGACAAUGCCAAACUUGUGAAAAGUAUGGCCAUAAUAGUCAUACCUGCCCGAUGCGCAACGCUGACAUAUGA